AUGUCCACUCGACCUCAUCGGCUCGACAGCGCCAGAUCAAAGACGGGAUGCAUUACAUGCAAAAUCCGCCGUGUCAAGUGCGGGGAAGAGAAGCCGCGGUGUUAUCGUUGUAGCAGUACCGGCAGACGGUGCGACUACGCUAUUGCAUCAUCAUGGGCUUCGAAAUCGCUGUCCCUGGAUCGUCGCUCAGAUGUGAGGUCUAGUAUCUUUCCUUUGAGUGACCUCUCCUCGUAUCCUUCUGGACAACGCGAACGACGCGCCUUUGAGUAUUACUUCCACCGCGCCGCUCCCGCCUUGUCGGGUGUGCUGGACUCGAUCUUCUGGCGCGGGACAGUAUUGCAGAUAUGUCGCUCCGAACCGGCCAUAUGGGAUGCCAUCAUCGCCCUGAGUGCAUUAUAUGAACGCCCACCCGUAACUGACUGCCCACCGUUCUCGUUGCUCGCCAUGGCCCCUGUAGCUCGAGAGCUACGGCACCUCCAAGCGCUCUCUUGGUACUCCCGUUCACUGGAGAGUCUGCAAAAACGGCUCCAGAAGCCAACACUGGACCCUGCAGUUGCCCUGCUCAGCUGCUUACUCUUUAUAACCAUCGAGCUCCUGCAGGGAAACAUGUCUGCGGCUGUUACGCUUUACCGACAAGGGAUGAACAUGAUCGCAAAUAAUGACGCAUUAGUCGCAGAGACACCCCGGUCCACUAUUUUAUCCGGAGAAUUCCAUACGGUGGUUGCACCAGUCUUCGCUCGCAUGGGCGCAUUGACUCUAAUUCUAGCUGGAGUGGCCCCAAUCCAACAGUCACCCGCGGAUAUCAUACUCAACCAAGGCUUCUCCACGCUGACCGAGGCACGAACUGCCCUCUACACCCUCCUAACAGCAUGGAAGCUCCUUAACCAGGAAGCAAAGCAAGCUCAAACCUCCAAUUAUAACGGAGAAAACCAAAUCCUCAUCUGCAACACCCUAUAUACGCAAAAGCAGGCCCUCGAAUCCCGUCUCCUAGCAUGGCACCGCGCCUUCCAAACAAUAAAACCUGACCCCACCCUAUCAUCAACCUCACACAGCGGCGUCUCCUCCACCCUCCAAAUGACCUACCUAAGCAUCCUCAUAGAGACACGCACAUGCCUCGCCGAGACGGAAACAGACUACAUUGCACAUGAAUCCGACUUUGCACACAUCCUGUCCCUCGCCCCCGCCGCACUGGCCAUCACCACCAUUGCUGAUGGUGACAGCCAACCGCCUUUCACCUUUGAGAUGGGCGUCGGCCUACUCCUGUUCAUAACCGCGCUAAAAUGCCGAUCGCCAGCGUUGCGGAGGGAGGCGUUACGGUGUCUGCGGCUUGCGCCGCCGGUGCAGAGCUUGUACAUGUGUCGGCCGUCGGCGCAUGUGGUGGCUGCUCUGGUGUCGCUGGAGGAGGAACUGGAUCCGAGUGGAAGAGGCGUGAUGUCGUUGGAGGAGGUGUUGGGUUCGUCUGGUCGAAGGCCGAGGGCAGAUUGUCUUGUAAGGGAUUUUGGAGUGGUGAGCUCGAGAGCUAAGGAGGGGCGAUGGCAGGCGUGGUUGAAAUAUCGUCGUGGGUGCGUGAAGGGGGGAAAGUGGAUGAUGGUUCUUUUGCCUGAGGUUGGGGCGGAAGCUUAG